CCCCGGACCCCCCCCGGACCCCCCAGGCUGCCCUGGUCGCUGCCCCCCGGCCGUGCCCGGCAGUGGUUGGAGGCUCGGCGGGCGGGGGUCCGGCCCUGGGGGUCCUUCCUGGACCAGCGACGUUUUGGGGUCCCCCGGGAUUUGGGGGAGCUCCUGCGGCGCCUGGGGGGCAACGCCGAGCGCUUCCAGAGCAACUACAUCCUCCUCUUCCUCGGACUCGUGCUCUACUGCCUGGUCACGUCCCCACUGCUCCUCGUGGCCCUGGGGGUGUUUUUUGGGGCCUGUUACGUCGUGCGGCUCCGGGCCAAGGAGGCCCCACUGGUCUUACUGGGGCGGGAGCUGGGCCCGGGGCACCAGUUGGCUCUGGCCGGGGGGGUCUCGCUGCCCCUGUUCUGGCUGGCGGGGGCGGGG